UUUUGUCACCUCCCUCGCUCGCGCUUGGUUUCGUGGGAGGCUCUUCUUCUAGCUCCAACUCUGGCGGAGAAGCUCACCCAUGUCGAUGAAACCCUAGCUUAGCGAACCCCCAACGCCAUGGACGCGAAGGAUAUCCUCGGCCUCCCAAAAAACUCCUUCCCCGUGAUCCAAGAGAAGAAGCCUCGCCCUCCGAGGGAUUCCCAGAGAAGGCCCGAUGGAGUCCACCGCGAGGUUUACGCGCUCACGGGAGGGAUGGCGCCUCUCAUGCCGACGAUCGAGGUCUCGCACUUGAAGCGGAAGCCCACUGUGGAUAAAGAGAAAAUAUCAUGGCAGUGGCUUCCUUUUACAUCCUCUGCGCGAACUGAUAACUUGCAACUCUAUCAUUGGGUCCGUGUUGUAAACAGGGUUCCGCCUACAGGUGAUUAUUCAUUUGCCAAGUAUAAUAAGUCAGUGGAAGUUCUCAAGUACACGGACGAGGAAUAUGAGAAGCAUUUGGCUGAUCCUAUGUGGACCAAGGAAGAAACAGAUCAGUUAUUUGACCUCUGUGAACGUUUCGAUCUGCGCUUCGUAGUUAUAGCUGAUCGGUUCCCUACCUCUCGCAGCGUGGAAGAAUUGAAGAACCGCUACUAUUCUGUGACCCGGGCACUGAUAGUUGCCAGAGCACCUUCGCCGGCUGAUGUUUCAGGACAUCCUCUUGUUAAGGAACCCUUCAACCUUGCACAUGAGAUUGAGCGCAAACGUGCGUUGUCUUCUGUACUUUCUCAAACAAAACAACAAGAACGUAGAGAGGCUGAGAUCCUAGCUGAAGCCAAACGUAUUAUGGAGUCACGCAUGGCCAGCAAAAGUUCUGAAGAGGUUGAAUUGCCAGUUACCUCCAUUGAUAAUGGAGGUAGUGAAAAGGCUGCUGCACCUGGUGAAUCAAUAUCACCGUCAGCCAACAAUAAUCCAUCAUCUUCGAAUGUUGCACCUCCAGCAGCUGCCAUAGACACCACCUCAACUCCAGCUUCACUUCGCAUGCUGCGUGUUUACUUGCGAACCCACGCACUCGAGCAAAUGGUACAAGCAGUAAGCUCAACUGCUGGCAUGAGGACUAUCAAAAGAGUUGAUCAGACUUUACAAGAUCUUGGGGUUCAUGUGAAACCUAAGGUCCCGACAAAAUCAGUUUGUGCAGAACAUCUCGAAUUGCGGAAAGAAAUACUCACACUACUUAACCUACAGAAGCAGCUUCAAAAUAAAGAGGCAGAAGUUUCAGCAAACCGCGAAACUUCCUUCACUGAAGCACCAGGCACUCCUAAGCGCUCUUAUAGAGGAGAUGUUGAUCGGCCAUUUAUUCCUGAUUCUGUUGGCUUUGGGGGUGAAAGGGUGGGCAAGCGUGACCACAAACGCAAGGCUCCUGGAAGAACUAUGGAUGCACCACCAUCGCCGCCUCAAUCGAAGAGGCCUCGGAAAUUGAAGACUUCUGAUUGAUAAUGUUGAUGAAAACAAGGGACUAGCGCAAAUCUUUGAUGAGAAAAACUGGAACGAAUGCCGGGAGGAAGAAAUGCAACCAGAUAAGAGACAUGUAGUGCUUGCUAAUUAUCAGUUCCCUUUGAUAGGGGCAGCUGCACCGAGGAUCAUACAAAGGUAGUUUCCUCGUACACUUUUUCAACGUAUUUGUUGCUAACCCUCUAGUUUGUUAUAUUGUACAACCCUCUAGCAUUGAACUCUCGCGAUAAUUCUGAUGUAUAAUUAGUCCAAAAUAAUUUCAAUAGAAUCUUGUAAUAUUCUCAUGUUUAUGUACAUAAAUACCUUCCUAUGCUAUCCCUUUUCUUGGUUAUUGUAA